AUGGACGAGAAGUACAUACCAGAGUCCUGGCCAUCCCCAGACGACAAGGUGCCGGCGAUGCCGGCUCAGGCGGCCUUUGCUAGCGGCGUGGAUUUCAGCGCAGCCGUGCAUGCACUCUCGUGCCUGCUGAGGAGAUGGCGCCGAAAUUACGGGCGGUUGGUACGUGACCGUGAGGGGUAUCCGGACAGCCGAGGCUUAGAGAAGCGAUCCCAUCACGAGAAGAGGGUGAAGAAAGCCAAGAGCCGCCUCAUUAUCCAGCGGAAGAUCAGGAAAAAGCAUCCUCUGAAGAAGGCAAAACUGAUCGGCUGCAGCAUCAUCGCUGCAGUCACAGAGUAA